GAUACACCGUGUAUAUCAGUCUAUAAGAGAAAAUAAAUAGGGACUGAGAUACAGGGCUACUGCUGAAGAGCAAAGUGCAACGGGGGGUUAAAAAUUUUAGGGAGAAGAAGCUCUAACCCUGUUACAGGUUAUUGCUGAAGAUGCUCAGACCCUUUGGCUUCCGGCUUUUUCUUAACAAGUGUUCGUGUCGGCGUCAACUCUGACUCGCAACGCUUGAGGGGAAAAAAAAAAGAGAGUCCAGUUGGUCAAGCCACGAGCCGUUGGAUACGUACGGCUCGGCUCCCAUCUCCAUCCGGCCGGGGGCCGGCCGCCCGGCCGUCCCAAACUCUCGACCGAGCCUCUCCCACCAUUUCGCGACGGCGGCGCAAGUCAGCCGCCGGCGAUAUGUCUCCUGCCCCUCCCGUCCUUGUACUUGUACUCUCCUCCAUGCUUUAAUCGCUCCCUUCCCCUGGCUUGCGGGCUUGCGGCACAGCGCGCUCCAUUCACACCCCACCCCACCCCAGCCCCGCCGCCGCCGCCUCCACGGACCAUGGAAACCGCUGCUUCCACCGAGCAGGCGAACUGCAAAUAGGAGCUGGUGAUGACCCUGUAAAUGGUGAUGUGGCAGCUGACGGUUACCACAAGUACAAGGAGGAUAUCAAAUUAAUGAAGGAGACUGGGCUGGAUGCUUAUAGGUUCUCUAUCUCUUGGUCAAGGCUUAUUCCUAACGGAAGAGGAGAAGUCAAUCCAAAAGGAUUAGCAUACUACAAUAAUCUCAUCAAUGAACUUCUUGAUCAUGGAAUUCAACCACAUGUGACAAUGUUCCAUUAUGAUCUUCCUCAAAUCCUUGAAGAUGAAUAUGAUGGAUGGUUGAGUCCUCAAAUCAUUGGUGAUUUCACAGCAUAUGCAGAUGUGUGCUUUAGGGAGUUUGGGGAUAGGGUUACCAAUUGGACCACUUUAAAUGAACCCAAUGCUUUAGUUGCGCUUGGUUAUGACUCUGGGAUCGGGCCACCAGGGAGGUGUUCUAAACCAUUUGGUGAUUGUUCCCGUGGGAACUCUGUAGACGAGCCAUACAUUGUAGCUCAUAAUUGCUUGUUGGCUCAUAGCUCAGCUGUAUCAUUGUACAAGAGAAAGUAUCAGGCAAAGCAAAAAGGACUCAUUGGCAUCAAUUUAUACAUAUAUAACAUUUUACCUUUUACAAACUCAACAGAAGAUAUAGCUGCAACGAAAAGAGCACGGGCCUUCUACACAGGCUGGUUCUUGGAUCCUCUUUAUCAUGGCGAUUACCCCCUUUUAAUGAAGGAGAACACUGGCUCCAAGUUGCCAAUUUUUUCUCAAAACCAAUCUGAACAACUAAUCAACUCCGUUGACUUUCUUGGUAUCAAUUACUACAAAAUAAUUUACGUGAAGGAUGAUCCGCAGAAUGGUCCUAUCAACAAAAGCGAUUAUGUAGCUGAUAUGUCUGCUAAAGCAAUACUUGCAAGCGAUUCUACCACUGGGUUCCAUGUGCUGGGUUUUGGUCUUCAGGAAGAACUUGAAUAUUUGAAGCAAUCUUAUGGUAAUCCUCCUAUCUGUAUCCAUGAGAAUGGUGAUGACCCUGUAGAUGGUAGUGUGGCAGCUGACGGCUACCACAAGUACAAGGAGGAUAUCAAAUUAAUGAAGGAGACUGGGCUGGAUGCUUAUAGGUUCUCUAUCUCUUGGUCAAGGCUUAUUCCUAACGGAAGAGGAGAAGUCAAUCCAAAAGGAUUAGAAUACUACAAUAAUCUCAUCAAUGAACUUCUUGAUCAUGGAAUUCAACCGCAUGUGACAAUGUUCCAAUAUGAUCUUCCUCUAAUCCUUGAAGAUGAAUAUGAUGGAUGGUUGAGUCCUCAAAUCAUUGAUGAUUUCACAGCAUAUGCAGAUGUGUGCUUUAGGGAGUUCGGGGAUAGGGUUACCAAUUGGACUACUCUAAAUGAACCCAAUGCUUUAGUAUCACUUGGUUAUGAUGCUGGGAUCGGGCCACCAGGGAGGUGUUCUAAACCCUUUGGUGACUGUUCAUGUGGGAACUCUGUAGACGAGCCAUACAUUGUAGCUCAUAAUUGCUUGUUGGCUCAUAGCUCAGCUGUAUCAUUGUACAGAAGAAAGUAUCAGGCAAAGCAAAAAGGACUUAUUGGCAUGAAUAUAUUUAUAUAUGACAUUUUACCUUUUACAAACUCAACAGAAGAUAAAGCUGCAGCGAAAAGAGCACAAGCCUUCUACACAGGCUGGUUCUUGGAUCCUCUUUAUUUUGGCGAUUACCCCCUUGUAAUGAAGGAGAACACUGGAUCCAAGUUGCCAAAAUUUUCUGAAAACCAAUCUGAACAACUAAUCAACUCCGUUGACUUUCUUGGUAUCAAUUACUACGCGAUAAUGCACGUGAAGGAUAAUCCGCAUGAUGCUCCUAGCAACAGAAGAGAUUUCAUGGCUGAUAUGUCUGCUAAAGCAAUAUUUCCAAGCAAUUCCACCACUGGUUUCUAUGUACCCGGUUUUGGUCUUCAGGAAGUGCUUGAAUAUUUGAAGCAAUCUUAUGGUAAUCCUCCUAUCUGUAUCCAUGAGAAUGGAUAUCCAAUGCAUCAAGAUGUGGUAUUUGAUGAUGGCCCUAGGGUGGAGUUCUUGAGUACACACCUUAGAAGCCUACUUGUUGCUGUCAGGAAUGGUUCAAAUACUAGGGGCUACUUCAUGUGGUCACUGAUGGACAUGUAUGAGCUACUCAGUGUCCGGGACACAUAUGGGCUCUAUUACGUGGAUUUUGCUGACAGGGAUCUGAAGAGGUAUCCAAGGAGCUCUGCGAUCUGGUACGCAGAUUUUCUGAAAGGCACAAGUGACUCAAGGUACACGAAGGGAUUUUCCGACCACUAGCUGUCGAUGUCUAGUGUUCUCCAUUGGCAGUGUUGUUGUGUACUCCCUUUCCUUCGUUUCUAAAUACUUGUUGUGGUUUUAGUGUUUAAAGAAGGAAUCCCACACUGUAUGCCUUCACCUGUACUGCAUAUUCUAAAACAAUAUUACUCCGUAUUAAAACUGUAUCACCCUUUACCA